AUGGCUCCUGUGGGACAGGAUGAAGGCGGUAUUUUCUCUAAAUUUGUCGAAACACUGAGGGGUGUUAUUCGCAACAUACCGCCUAGUCCGUCAUCGUUGCCCUCUGGGCAGCAGCCCAUGGCCUGGCCAUCUGAUACAACAGGAGAGGAAUCUUCAUCUCCUUCAGCCGAUCCCGAGCGUAUCUCCAUCAGAGCCUUGUGGCCUCAUGAGCCAGACUUGCCACUUGGCUCAUCAUCGACUUCUCAGUAUGGACUACCCCAUGCACUGGGACAUACUCAAGUUGAGCAUAUGUAUAUCCCUAGUGGGGUAGAGAGGAUUCAGCAAGAUGCACUUGACGCUUUGAACAGCCUAAGUGUAGUCCAUACCACAGAUUAUGAGACUUUGGCUGGUCUAUCCUCCACCGCAGGUCAACAGGUUUUGCCUUCGAAAUUUUUCUUCGAGCAUUAUUUGUCUAUCGCCAAAUUUCGCGAGAACAACGAAGGCGCAAUCACCUUCGACGACGACGACGACGAAGAGUUUUUUUUCUGUCUGGGCCCGCCGAAUGGCCGCCGCCACUACUCCCCGCCCCCUAUCCUCGACACCUCAUCGGAAUCCCUGCCAGGGGACAUGGACCAGCCAUUUUACGACUGGGAUGAAGUGUUUGAUUCCAAUACGCCGGUGUCCAAAGAGUUAGAUCCUGCCGCUCCAGUUUUUGAGUAUCAACCCAGCCACGCCUAUAUCCAAGAUACGGCUCCAGGAGCAUACGAGCAAGCUCUCCAGCCCCAGCACCCAAUUUCCGAGCUCCUGGAACCCGAGUUUCCAGCAAAGACUGUAAUCGCCCCGGAUCCAGGAGUAGGUCAGCAACCUCUUCAGUCCCAGGAUUCAGUCUCCGAGCCCCCAGAGCCCGAGCUUCCAACACAGGCUCUAAGCGCCCCGGCUCCCCAGCGUCAUGCGCCGCAACAAUAUCGUGCACCACCGCUGCGUCACCUACCAUUCCACCCUGAUAAUAUAAGAAAGCGGAAGGAGGCGGAACUCAGGGCCCAGCGCCAGCGUCAGGGAAAUGGCGAUAGUAAUGGUUCUGCGAACGGUAAUGGAAAUGCUCGAUCGCAGAAGUCACAAAAUGGCAAUGCGUCCUCUGGGCCGUCACAGGGGCCGUACAGGCCAACCGGAUCCAAUGGGUUUUUGGCAACUGCUACGCCGUCACGAGGCUCGUCGGGGUCAAGCCAUUCUAUGGCACACGGCUCCCAUAACGGGUCAUCUGGAUUUCAAAGAGCUCGCAACGGCUCCUUUAAUCCUCUAGCUGCUUCGCCGUCGCCAUCGUCUUCGGCGCUUAAACUCCGGAGCAACCCGCCUAGUCCUACUCGUUCUGGUCCAUCCAAGCGCCCCAAGGCCGGCAGCAACUCACCUAAGACCACAGCUACCACAGACGCCGGCCUGUCAACCACGCCUACACUAUCCUCUAGUCCGCCUCAUAAGUUCAAGAAAACCGCCGGUUCAUCAAAUCUUCUAGAACGACCACCUACCCCUGGGCCGUCUGGAGAACCGAGGACAAAGCCUGCAACGAAAGGCAAGGCAAAGACGCAUACCAAAGCAGCCAGUCCACCACGCUCACCUCCCGCACCGACCACUGGCACGACCGGAGUUCCUGCGGCGACUACCAGGCCGAAUGGGGGCCAUGCGAGAGGCCGGACGCGGCGCCAAUCACCACCGGCCCAAGUCGCGGGGGUUUCGACAUCUACUGGCCAAAAUUCGGCAGCUGCACCUCGGUCACCAACACAGAUGCCGACUCAGACGAGAGCCAGCAACGGGACUGCGGGUGCUGGACCCUCGACCGCAGGAAGUGGUGUUCCGGUCGAGCCUGCAAGAAUCAAUGGUCAAGAGUCGGUGGUGACAACUCGGCCACCCAUGCCGCGGCCGACUCAGACGAGCACCGGCGACGGAGUUGCGGAUGCGGGACCUUCGGCUGGGGAAAGCAGUCCACAAGUUCGGCGCACAGGAAGGGAAGUGGCUAAUGCGUUAUUUGAGCAGCAGGUGGAGAAGCAUAGGAGACUUCGGUCGAUGGGUGGAUACAAGAAGCUAGGGGGUUAA